AUGUUCAGAAGUGGUGGGCUCUACCCGAAUGUCCACCGCCUGGCCCAUCUGCGGGGGGUUCAAAGGAUAGGUAAAAUGGCAUCUGGUGGACACUACCACUUCCUCCAUCAGAAGCUAAACAUGUCAACAGAUACUGGACAACCACGGGUUGGGAGGGGAGCCGUAGGAAGCAGGGAAGGGGGUAAGGGAUCAUGGAAGGAAGGUGGAAUAACAUGGAGAAAUCUAGUCGAAUACGGACUCAAGGGACUUGCAGCCGUGUUGCUAUUCUAUGCAGUCAAGGAUGAGAUCGCGCUGCCUUGGUACCGAGCCUACCGGAGAGGGAAAGAGCCAGAGCCUCACAGCAUCACUGAGGCCACAGCGAAAAAAAGGGCAACACUGAAUGAUUCCAGCGAGACUUCAAAAGCUUUCUCGGGAGCCAAAUGUGCCACAAACCCCGGGGAAGGCGGGGAGCAGCGUCGCUCGCAGCGAUACAACUUUCUGGCCGAGGCAGUCGAGAAAGCAGCACCGUCGGUUGUGUACAUCGAGAAAUCAGAGCCUAUGGACACUAUCUUUGGCCGGCAGAUGUCCGUAUCAACUGGAUCAGGAUUCAUAGUCAGCAGCGAUGGCUACGUCCUGACAAAUGCUCACGUGGUUGGCAGCGCUCGCUCUGUGAAUGUCAAGCUUGCAUCAGGGAAGGUGAUAAAGGGAGAGGUGACCGAUCUAGACCAGGUUGCUGACCUAGCUCUCCUCAAACUCAGCACAGGGGAGAAACUCCCGGCUCUCGAGUUUGGGAGUUCUGCCAGCCUGCGACCGGGGGAAUGGGUCGUGGCACUCGGCAGCCCGCUUUCCCUCUCCAAUACUAUCACUGCAGGGAUCGUGAGUAGCUGCCACAGACCCAGCAAGGAGCUGGGGCUGCACCGAGGUGGGCCUGACAUACAGUACGUUCAGACCGACGCCCCCAUCACCAUAGGGAACUCCGGCGGGCCUCUCGUUAAUCUCGACGGAGAAGUAAUCGGGGUGAACACGCUCACAGCUGGGCCCGGGAUAUCUUUUGCCAUCCCGAGCGACUUUGCCCGAGAGUUUGUAGCCAAGGCAAACAAGAGCACCCGGCGCCCAGGGCGGUUUGUGAUCGGAAUAUCGAUGCUGACAGUCACCCCGGAUCUCUGUCACAUACUUCACCAGCGAGGUAGUCUCCCCGUAGAACUGGAACACGGCGUUCUCGUGGCUCAAGUCUGGCCUUCGAGUGUGGCUGCCGUGGCUGGGCUCAGGAAGGGAGACGUGAUAGUUCGAAUCAAUGGAGAGAAGGUGGCGUCGAGUCACCAGGUGUACAAUAUGGUCCAGUCCGGCAGGAGACUCAACAUGGAGAUUGUCCGCAACUCUAGUUGGAAAACUGUGACAAUCACACCAGAGAAAAUGUAG